AUGGUAAUAUUCGACACACCAGAGCAAAAACCGCCACUAAAUGACGAUCAUAAGACGCAAAUUGGUGCAUCGACGGAAACCAAACCUGCUCCUUCGCAACACUCAGGCUCUAAGAGCUCUUCAAAGUCCAGCAAGGGUGGUGAAGACGCAUCAAGCACUAGUCGGUCAAGUAGAGAUGCCAUAAAAUCGCAAGAGGAGAAAAGACGACAUAUAAAAAGUAUUAUUGAUAAGAUUCCAACGGGGAAAAUCGAUCUGUUCAAUUAUCCGCUCGAUUGGAACGAAAUCGAUAGUACAAUUGAGAAGAAAAUCCGACCGUGGAUCAACAAGAAGAUUAUUGAGUACAUUGGUGAGCCGGAACCUACGCUGGUUGACUUUAUAUGUUCGAAAGUGUUGGCUGGAAGUACUCCGCAGGGGAUUCUUGAUGAUGUCCAGAUGGUUUUAGAUGAGGAGGCCGAAGUGUUUGUCGUGAAGAUGUGGCGUUUGCUAAUUUACGAGGUCGAAGCCAAGAAGGUCGGGCUAACAAAAUAGAUCUAAAUCAUCAGCGGUUGGAAAGCAGGUAUAGCCCCACUAUUGGUUGGUUGAGAGAUGUUGUAGCACUGUAAGAGAGGGGGCACCUUUAUGAACACUAAAUUGCUUGCCACCAUCUCGCGUGGUUGAUUGUAUAGAGGAUCCCCUCCACCAUCUUUCCUUUUGUAUUGCUCCAGCUGAUUUGUAUCU